AUGUUGAAUUAUAUAUGAUUUUUCUUGUAGAAAUUCUUACUCAUUGAUUAUAUCAUAAAACGGCUGUUAUUUUACGCAUUGUAUCCGAUUGUAGAGCACGUGUUAACGAUAAUUCUAUGAAAUAGAAUUAGAAAUAGAUGGAAAGUUUGUAAUAACAUGUGGCAGUUACGAGUUCAUUUGAGAAAUUAUUUUUAACUCUAACCUAUCAUUAUUGUUGUCUAAAUAUAGAAAAAGAUGGGAGGAUUGAUAGCUAAAUUAAAACGACCACUGCGUAAAUUUAAUAUAGAAAAUCGUGCAAAUGCUGUUCUUUCAAGAAGUAAACCAAUACCUGCUCCUAAACCGGCUGCUUCAAUAAAGCAAUUGCAACUAGCUCAAGAAUUAAAUCCAGAAUUUUUGAAGGAUCAUUAUCAAAAGAAUUUAAAACUCGAUGAACGUUUAAAGAAUGUUUAUGUAACGUCCAUAGGACCAGGGACGAAUACAUUGAAUCAACCUAAUCCUGAUAGACCGUUACCUGUAUCAAGAAUCACCGAACACUUUGAAUUUGGGUUUUAUAUUCCGGAUUCAGUUCCAGUAGGAAAAAUAACUUUGAAAGAGAUAUUUCAACUUUUUGUUUUGCAUAAAGAAGAUACUGUAAAAAAUUCUUCGGAUAUUUUAGCCAAAAAAUACAAAUUAGACAAAGAAACAGUAGACAAAUUAUUAGAAUAUUACAAACUAUAUCAAAUAAUAUUACCUAAACGUGACGACGAUCAUGAAAGUAAUUUAAAAAGAGUUGCAAAAGAAUUAGAAAUUUAUCCAGAAGAGUUGGAAGAAGGAACAAAAAAAGAACAAAAUGAACUUAAUAAAAUAAGAGAUAAAUUUCUGAAAUAAAAAUGUUAUAUAACACACAUUACUGAAAUGUAUACUAUACAAUAAAAUUACAUAGAAACGUACAUUUUGUGUGACUUUUCAAAAUGAUAAGUAAUGCCGAAAAUUUACAAAAUACAAACAUUCAAGCACUUUCUAUUUAAGAUGAAUUUAUAAGAUAUAUAAAUACUGUACAGAAUACAGAAGAUAAUAAUAAUGGUCACUAGCACAGGAAUCUCUUUGAAUGUGGAAGAAUUGGAAUGAGAAUGCGUGA